AUGCGGAAAUUAUUUAAAAAUAGAGGGGUCUUCCGGAGGGACAAGGUCGAGGCUGAGGCGGCGACUACACCGAAGGGAACAGUUCCGGCGGCCGAUGCAACCCUUCUGGCACACAAGCCCGACUUGUACUCCACGGAAGGAUCUAUCGGGAUGAAGGUCGUGGCUGAACCUGGCGAUGCUGUUGUUGAGUAUGUCUAUUUCUAUAUCCCAUCUGCAUGUGCUGCCCAAAAUUGUGGACAAGGACUCAUCGUAGGCCAGUUGCUCGCAGCCCCUGGUAUUGACGUUAACGCUGCUAAUACGGCCGGCAAGACGCCGCUAUGGGAAGCUGCAAGUCGCGGUUAUGAGGCAACCGUAGCCCAACUGCUCGCUGCCCCUGGUAUUGACGUUAAUGCUGCUGAUAACAUCUUCGACCCCAACUGGGAGAGCUGGUGUGGCACUUGGGAGAGCGCCGUCUCGCCGCUCUGGAAGGCUGCAGAUCAAGGUCGUGCGGCAGUGGUAGCUCAGCUUCUUGCUGCCCCUAACAUUGAUAUUAACGCUGAAAGUGCGGAUGGCAUAACGCCGCUCUGGCAGGCUGUAAGAAUGGGGCGUAAGGACGUAGUAGGCCAGAUGCUUGCUGCCCCUGGAAUUAAAGUCAACAUUGCAACUACGGGAGCAGGUAUAACGGCGCUCAAUUGUGCUGCAAUUAGGGGGAGUAAGGAAAUUCUAGACCAGCUGCUUGCUGCCCCUGGUAUUGACGUUAAUGCUGCUAGCAAGUCCGGCCGAACGCCGCUAAUCUCUGCUGCAAGUUAUGGGCGCGAGGGGGUCAUAGGGAAACUACUCGCUGCUCCAAGUAUUAUCGACAAUGCUGUUAAUGCUGCUAACGAGAACGGCGAAACGCUGCUCUGGUUGGCUGCGAGAUAUGGUAAUGAGGUUGUCAUAGGCGAGCUGCUCGCCGUCCCUGGCAUUAACGUCAAUGCUGCUAACAAGGACGCACAAACGCCGCUCUUUAUUGCUGCAAGUGAGGGGGACGAUGAGGUUGUAGGCCAGCUGCUUUCUGCCCCUAGUAUCGAUGUUAAUGCUGCUAACAAGGAUGGACAAACACCACUCUGGCAUGCUGUAUAUUGGGGUUAUGAGGCAAUUAUAGCCCAGCUGCUCGCUACCCCUAGUAUUAACGUCAAUGCUGCUGGAAAGGACGGCCACACGCCACUCUGGCUUGCUGCAUGUGAGGGGUACAACGGGCUUGUAGGGCAGUUGCUCGCUGCCCCUGGCAUUGACGUUAAUAUGACAGACAGUUCCGGCAAUACCCCACUCAUGUAUGCUGCGUCUAAUGGGUAUGAGGCCAUUGUAGGACAGUUGCUUGCUGCUCCUAACAUCGACAUCGACUAUGUCAAUACUCGGUACAGCAUGACGGCGUCAUCUCUUGCCCAAAGCUGUGGCCAGGUGGGCACUCUAAAGUUAUUAGAAAGUAGAAUAAGGUGUGGUGGCUGA